UUCAUAUUGCUUUUUAUGUCUAAACCAUAUAAAUUUGAUGAUAUCUCUGUUGGAAAGGAUGUAGGAGAUUAUAUCAUUUUCAAAAAACACUUAGGUAUUUAUAAUUGUUAAUUAGGAAGGGGAAAGUGUGGAGAAGUCUUUUUGGGUAAAUCAAAGAAACUCGAUAUAAAAGUUGCUGUAAAACAAUCGAAAAAUAAUGGAGUUUUAAGUCAAGAAAGAUUAAACGAAAUAAUGAAUGUAAUCAAAUUUCAAUGUUUUAGAGUAGAGAAAUUUAAGUCAUGCAAAAAGUUAAAUCGGAGAAUUUAGUUGGAUUCUAUGAUUUUAAAGUAUCUUAAAAUCACAUUUAUUUAUUUAUUGAAUAUUGUGAUGGAGGAACUUUAACAGAAUUUAUGAGAAAAAAGUAUAAAUCUUUCAUUGUAUAGUAAGUCCAAAUAUAUCAGAUGAAUAAAUUGUAGAUAUCUUUUAGUAAAUUGCCAAAGGUUUUUAAGCUUUGUAUAAAGAGAAUGUAAUACAUCGAGAUUUAAAGCCAGAUAACAUUUUAAUCCAUUAAAAUGUAAUUAAGAUUGCAGAUUUUGGAUUUGCUCGAUUUGUUGAAGGAAAUCCAGAAAAAGCAGGAAUGUAUACAUUAAAGGGGUAUGAAUAUUAUAAAGUUAAUUAGAACACCCUUAUAUGUUCCUCCUUAAAUAUUUGAUGACAAAAAAUAUUCAAAUUAAUUUGAUAUUUGGUCAUUUGGAUGUAUUUUAUAUGAAUUAGCAUUUGGAAGGAAUAUUCAUGAAUCAAUAUUAGAUUUAGGUUAAUUAAGAACUAGAUUGGGGUCAUUUAAGGUACUUUUAUUGAUUUUAAAUCACUAGAAUUAGAAAGUUUAGUUUCCUAAAAAUAAUAGAAAUCCUAAGAUUAUUUAAAUGAUUAGUAGAAUGCUUGAAUAUUAUGAAGAGAAUAGAAUAACUUGGCCAUAAAUUUUUGAAAAUGAGAUGUUUUUAAAAUCUCCAAAACAAUUUCUAGAAAUUGAAAAUGAAGUUUAAAAGAAAGAUAAUAAUAAAUUUUAGGAAAAGUUGUAGAACUUAAAGAUUUUUACUUAAUUAUCAGAAUAAUUUGAAGAAAUAAAGUAGAAAUCAAUAAAAAUUUAGUUGUGA